UCUCAUGUACGCACGCACUCUUUCUCGCGCUCUUACUUGUUUGGGGUUUCCACAGAAGUUAAAGAAAUGUAAUGUCCAAUGAUUUACAACUGAUGGCAAAUAUGAAGCAUUCUGCCAGAUAGACUACAGUGUGCAGAAUGCAGACGCGUACGGCGAGUGCACUGUCCCAGUGGCGCCAUCCACAUGAGGUGAGCAAAGGAGAAUUCUACACAGCGCCGGACUCUCUCUCGGAGGAAUGAGGAGUGAGGAUUACACAGUUUACUCAACGAAUCAGUUGUACUAUGGACAAUAUCGUGGAUUUAAAUUGACACCGAACGUACCUGAACAUGGGCAGAGCCGAGGAGGCCUGAGUUAACAGAUCGCCUGCUGCUGCUGUGUGCAUGGCAUGGAUCGUCAGUGACAGUCUUGGAGGAACAGUGAAAUGGGAGACGGCUGUUUGACAUGUGAAGCCCGCCUGGAGAAAACGUGUGCUUUCAGGCCUGGAUAUAAGGAUUUACUCAACAACAAGAAGGAAACGUCACUGUACAGAAUGCCGUUUUCCCUCUUUCAUUCUCAUUAACAACAACAUGUUGGAUUGUCCUAACCCUGUAAAUACUUAGUGCCAAAAUAACAAUGCACCUACAGAAUACGAGGACAAUGUGCAACAUAUCCUUCUGCAAUGUCGACUCAAAGAUCGACCAGUACUUCCAGCCUACGUUGUACAUCAUUGUCAUCGUCCUGGGCCUGCCCACAAACUGCAUGGCUCUGUGGGCAGCUUACUUGCAGGUGAAGCAGAAAAACGAGCUGGGCAUCUACUUGAUCAACCUCUCCGUGGCUGACCUCCUCUACAUCGGCACCCUGCCCCUAUGGAUCGACUACUUCCUCCAGCACGACGACUGGAUUCACGGCCAGAAUUCCUGCAAGCUUUUCGGCUUCAUCUUCUACACCAACAUCUACGUCAGCAUCGCCUUCCUCUGCUGCAUCUCCAUCGACCGAUAUCUGGCCGUGGCCUACCCGCUCAAGUUCGCCAAGGUCCGGCGGGUCAAAACCGCCGUGCUGGUCAGUUCGGUGGUGUGGACCAUCGAGAUAGUGGCCAACUCUGCGCCCCUCUUCCACGACGAGCUCUUCCAGGACCGUUUUAACCACACCUUCUGCUUCGAGAAGUACCCCAUGCAGGACUGGGUGGCGGGCAUGAACCUUUACCGGACAUUUCUGGGUUUCCUAAUGCCCUGGCUGCUCAUGCUGGGUGCGUACCGGGGCAUUCUGCGGGCGGUGCGUGGCAAUGUGUCCACUGAGUGCCACGAGAAGGCCAAGAUCAAGCGCCUGGCGCUGAGCCUAAUCCUGAUCGUAUUGGUAUGCUUCGGGCCAUACCACGUGCUCCUGCUGUCUCGCAGCAUCCUCUUCCUCCAGAAGCCCUGCGACUGUGGCGCAGAGGAGGACCUGUUUGUAGCCUACCACGUGGCGCUGGCCCUCACCAGCCUGAACUGUGUGGCUGACCCCAUCCUCUACUGUUUUGUUAACGAGGGCGCACGCCAUGACAUUGGUCACGCACUCACCAACCUGCUGGGGGUCUUCAAGCGGAACUCGCCCUCGCCAGCUGACGCAAUGACAGCUGGAUCUGUCACCUUGGAGACACCACUGUCCACCAAAAAGCAGAUGGGCCUGUACAGUGAAGUCAAGGCCAGCACCUACAAGACAGAGCUGGUGGCCCUCAAAGAGGAGUGCCUUCAGAUGACCAUACUCAGUGUUAAGAAAUAAACAGCCAUCCUGAUCCACCAUUGGGUGGACAUGAGAAAACACAAGACUAUGGGGAAGUGGGGGAUGAUACAUUUUAUGUAGAAUAGAAAAUAGGAGAGAUUUGAUAAUGCUCAUGUGAAAUGUUUUAGCUGUUUUAUCAGUUUUGGGGAUGACACCUCAUUAUGUACCUCAUAUGGUAAACUGUGAUUGAAAUGUGUUUGAUAUAGACGAAAAUAAUCAAUUCAAGAUGGACCAUGAGUACAUUGUGACGACAGUAAGAAAGACAACAGUAAGUUCAGUGGUAUAGAUGUGAUGCAAAGUGAAACUAAGGAUGUUUGCCACCAAACUGUUUCUUUCUCCACCUCGCCAUCUAUAGCAGGUAUGUGUUCUGGGUGGGACAAGGUUAUCUAACAUUGGAUUUGACCUGUUUACAUUUAUCUUUCAAUGAGCUCGAUGCCUUGUAACAGCUCCAAAGAUCCUAAAUGUGUUCUGUCAGCCCGAGAGUGAAGCACAAUGCUACGUGUUUUUGUUCAUCAAUUUCAAUGGGAAAUAAAUUAUGGAUAUCAUCGUU